AGCGGUUCGCCCCACCCACCGCCUCCUCCAUCAGUGAGACGAGAAGAAGACGCCGUCACACAAGGACACGAGACUGAUGCUGUUGCCGUGGAAACAAAGACACGCAGAGAGCUCGAAGGCCCUUCGUACCGGUCCAUGACUACGUGCGUGCGUGUCGGUUUUUGAGUGUGUGCACAGACCUAUGAAUGCGUGCGCGUGCGGGCCUAUGAGUGUGUUUGCAGCGUGUGCGCGCUCUGGAGGGCAAGCGCCUGAUUGGAGCCAUGAUGGGCAAGGACUACAUGUUGGCGAUCAUCAUUGUCAACUGUGAUGACAACAUCUGGACCGACCAGAACCUUCUGCUGGACCCGGACCUUCCCUCGGGAUGGAGAACCAUCCAGGACUCCACCGGAACCUACUACUGGCACGUGCCCACUGGCGCCACCCAGUGGCAGCACCCCCGACUGAACGGGACACCCACGCAGCCGCACCCUGAUGCUCAGGAUGAUCAAAAACCGCCGAGCGUCUUUGAAGUCCCAACUGACACCAGGUCUUGGACGGCUGCCGACUCCUGUCGCCGUGAUGACAACUCACAGUGUUUCACGGUGCGCUCGCUGGGCUGGCUCCAGGUGGAGGAAGAAGACUUGUCGCCGGGUCGCAGCAGCCUGGUGGUGGGAAACGUCAUCCAGCAGCUGUCUCGCUCCGGCGACGGCGGCGGCGACGGCGGCGGAGGCCCUCCCGAACAGCGAAACGGGCCGGGGCUCUUGACGGAGGGGCGCGAGAUGAAGUUGCUUCUGAAGCAGGACACGCUAACCCUCGUGGACCCGGUAGACCACACCCCCUUGUACUGCCAGCCAAUCAUCAACAUCCGUGUUUGGGGGGUGGGCAGCAACAACGGGAGGGACUUCGCCUUCGUGGCGGCCGAUAAGGACAGCUGCGUGCUCAAGUGUCACGUGUUCCGCUGCGACGCGCCCGCCAAGGCCAUCGCCACCGCGCUGCAUCGCAUGUGCUCGCAGAUGAUGUCCCAGCAGACGUCCCGCUCUCUCUCCAUGGACAGCAUCUCGCCCGAAGACUUGCCGCGACAAGUGGAAUUCCUGAAGGCGGGGCUCCAGCGCAUCUACAAGUUUGACGUCUACUACGUGGGGAAUCUACCAGUGUCCCGCGCCAUGGGCAUGGAGGUGUUAAACUUGGCCAUCGAGAGCAUCAUGAACUCCACCCAGCGCCACGAGUGGGAGGCAACCGUCAUCCACGUGACUGACAACUUCCUGUCGGUCUUCAAGGUGGAUUUAUUCGUCUUAUUUUGUAAGCGCAGCAGCAGGAAGGCGAGGAGCCGGUGUGGGCGUGUCAGGUGCGUUUCCUCAGUUUCCUGGGCGUGGGGCACGACAGCCGCACCUUCGCCGUCAUCGUGGACGGCGGCCGGCAGCGUUUCGAAUGUCACGUCUUCUGGUGCGAGCCGAACGCCGGCCUCCUGUCGGAAGCCGUCCAGGCGGCGUGCAUGGUUCAGUAUCAGAAGUGUCUGGUGGCCCAGACGCCGCCGCCCAGGAGCCGGCUCCAGCACGGCGCCGCGCCCAAGGUCAAACGCGCCAACUCCGUGGACGGCGCCGCUUUCAACGGCAACGGCGGCGUGUUGCCACGGAAGCCUGCCACCUCGUAACGGUGAACGUACAAAAUGGAGGAGCUCGGGUUGGACUCCCUAAAGACGGACGACGCGUGGUGAUGUGACCUUAUGCCACGGAUGCCCGCCGAUGAAAUAAAUGAAUUUGGUGAUCUGAGUGGAUGCGCGCAAGAUUUAUUUGAGAGUUAUGAUACGUACACAAACACA